AUGCUGGAGCAGAGAGCAAAGGUACCUGCUGAGCCACAGAAUUACCUGCUGAGUCCCUGUGAGCCACAGACAUACCGGCUGAGUCCCUGUGAGCCACAGACUUACCUCCUGAGUCCCUGUGAGCCAGAGAAUUACCUGCUGAGUCACUGUGAGCCACAAAAUUACCUGCUGAGUCACUGUGAGCCACAGACUUACCUGCUGAGUCCCUGUGAGCCACAGACUUACCUGCUGAGUCCCUGUGAGCCACAGACUAAACUGCUGAGUCCCUGUGAGCCACAGACUUACCUGCUGAGUCCCUGUGAGCCACAGAAUUACCUGCUGAGUCCCUGUGAGCCACAGACUUACCUGCUGAGUCCCUGUGAGCCACAGAAUUACCUGCUGAGUCCCUGUGAGCCACAGACUUACCUGCUGAGUCCCUGUGAGCCACAGAAUUACCUGCUGAGUCCCUGUGAGCCACAGACUUACCUGCUGAGUCCCUGUGAGCCACAGACUUACCUGCUGAGUCCCUGUGAGCCACAGACUUACCUGCUGAGUCCCUGUGAGCCACAGACUUACCUGCUGAGUCCCUGUGAGCCACAGAAUUACCUGCUGAGUCCCUGUGAGCCACAGACUUACCUGCUGAGUCCCUGUGAGCCACAGACUUACCUGCUGAGUCCCUGUGAGUCACAGACUUACCUGCUGAGUCCCUCUCGUGUGUGGUCCUGUUAUCCGCAGCUUAUCUCUAACUGGCCAUUACUGGAGGAUCUCGGCCUCAUUAUGGAAGACAGAUUUGGUAUUUUAACCACCGCGCUGCCCGGACAGACACCACAAGCCCCAAAGUACAAGUGUCCGAUCCUACCGAACAAUCCAGUGGUGUCUAGACAGAGCAGAGACGAGAUGAAGACGCUUCGAGCUGACGUGAGGCCGUAA